AGACAAAAGCAAAAUWCAGCAAAGUAAUCAAGCCUCGCURCUYGAGUACAACCAGAAUCCCCAUAUUUCCUCACGACUAGCGCUCAGUCCCUCAUCACUGUUUUUUACUGGGGUGAUUGGGAACAAGAACAGAAAUGGAAUUCCUAAAAAACAAGAUGAUAAACCAAGUCAGGCAUGGUUACCAAGCAGUCAGGUCUACAUGGAUACGUUGGUAACCCUUUGUAGGAGUGACACUGCUGAAGAAAGUCAUAUUAUAACAUCAAACACAGAUCAAGUGGCUUUGCUUCUGAUGGAAAUGGUUUGUCCUGAGAUGGUGCUGUAUACUGGAGAAUGGCCAGAUGAAGAAACACUUAAGUUCAAUGUUGAAAGGGAUCUUAGAAUACGAAACACGUUUGACAGGAACCCAGUCUUAUGGUGGCUACUCCUGCUUGUGUCUCAAGGAGCGUCAUCGUUGUGUAAAUGUGCUCCAUUGUUGUCGAGCUUACUUGCUACCGUGAUGUCCAGCUGGGAAGUAUGUCGUGACAAAAUGGUAACGCAAUCUUCAGAACUCUUCCGUGACACGCAGUACAUUAUGCAAGUGAUGGUGGAGAGUGACUGGCUGCCCGCGCCUCUGUCACGCAUUGGUGGCGUUCUUCAUCUUUUAUCCCCCAAAGAAAUAUUCGCAGUUAUCAAUACGAUGUGGAAAGUACUGAAG